UUUGCUUUGUAGUCUGGCAACUCCGCAUUGAAUGGCGCACUCUCUGCGGCAAUUACCGCUCCCGGUUUCAAUUCCAAUUAGAGUUUCAGUUGCCAAACAACACUCGACGGUAGACACUUGUCUACUCCGCUGAUCGCAAAAGAAAAGCCACAGCUCUUGUUGUUGCGACAAUAACAAAGUGUCAAGCUGUUGGAAAAUCGUGUGUGAACUUUGCCAAAAAAAAAAGAAAAUAAACAUAACAGACUUUAUUGUUUGUAUACACUUAAUGGUCGAGUGCCUUCGCAGUUCGUUUUAUUAUUUUGGGCAAUUCGUAGCCAAGAAAUAAGGUUCAGUCUAUGGAAAUACACAAAUAUAGAUAAGAAGUGGUAAAAUGACUUCAGAUCGUUUUCACAAAGCCGCCAAAGACGGGCUGCUUGAUGUGCUGAAGGAGGCAACACGGAAGGAUGCCAACGCCAAGGACGAUGAUUCAAUGACGCCGGUCAUGUGGGCAGCUUUCGAAGGUCGCUUGGAUGCGCUGCGUUUGCUCUGCGGCAGAGGUGGCGAUCCGGAUAAGUGCGAUCAAUUUGGGAAUACAGCGCUUCACUUGGCUGCCGCUAAGGGACAUUUGCAUUGUGUUGACUUUCUGUUUAAAUUCGGUGUUAAUAUAUAUGCACUGGAUAUUGACAGACAUAAUGCCAAGGACCUGGCAGCCAUUAAUAAUCGCGAUGAGAUUUUGCGCUAUUUAGACGCAGCUGCAGCCAAUUUUGAGGCGAAUGAAAAAAAAAAGGCGAAAGCCCUCAAGGAAAUAGCUGAAAAGGAGUGCGAAAAACGCGUUAAGGAAUAUAUGAAGCGCCAGCAACAGCAAAUGCACGAUUACAGCGAUCUAAAGCCGAGCAAUGCACAAACCUUGGUCAGCAGCAGCAGCAGCAAGUCGAGCAACAUGCUGUCUACGUUGAAGCAAAAGAUUUGGUCCAGCCAGGGCAAUCUGAACAAAACGCCAAGGGAGCAAGCAGCAGCUACAGCUCGCAUACCCCCUACCAAAUUCAGCGAUCUGGUGGGCAGCAGCAGCAGCAGCAGCGGCGGCUCUACCAUUGCCAGUCGCAUGGGUACAGUGCAAAAGAAGCCGCCACAGCAGUCACAGUCGCAGCAGCAGCAGCAACAACAGCAGGGGAAGUCACAGCACUCUAAAGCUUGUCCACAUGCUCUGGCUAAUGAUGGCGGAUUCAAGGUGCGUGAACUGGAGCCGGAUGGCAAGCGUACAAUAACAUCGCUAACAGGACUGCAAAGGGACUCGGAGGUGCUCUAUGUGGGCACAUUUAGCUCCACGGAUGAGCAGGAGGGCAAGCGUGGCAAGAUUGCAGAUGUCUUCGAACUGGAUGAUGAAGAUGUAGGUCGUCUGGGUUAUAGCACGGCGCUGGCACGCAGCUUCUCACAGCCAGAUAUAUUAGGAGAUGCACAGCUCUCGCAGGAGUUAAACGAGGAGCUACAGGUGCUGCAGCGACCGGUCGGCCUCUUCGAUCGACCCACCAUGCUGGGCAGCAUUGCCUUUCGCCGGUCGGUGACCGCAGCACUGAGUCAACUGCAGCUGCAAUCUGAUGGCAUCGACAGCGUCUCCAGCUCUACCAUGCGAAAUGCAAGCAGCAGCAAUAACAAUAAAAAUAACACCAAAGCGCGCUUGUAUCUGAAUUUAUCCGAUGACUCCGACUCAGACGGCGCUGGCGAUGAUGUCUACAGUGAUGAUGAGGACGAGGAACAGGUGUCGGCCAGCGCGCUGCAACGCUUUCUCACUGUGUGGGCAUUAGACGAAUAUUUACCUGUUUUUCAGAAACAGGAAAUUGAUCUGGAGACACUUAUGCUGCUAACGGAGGCCGAUUUGAAAUCGCUUGGCCUGCCGCUUGGACCCUUUCGCAAGCUGACCUUUGCUAUACAGGAGCGGCGCAAUGCCUUGGCCACACCUGGACCCCUUAUCGAUAGUCGGUUAUAGGCUAACUCUACACGAGAACAUAUCUCCUUUCUUUAGAGACAACAAUUGGCUAA